GUUUAUAACGACAGUUUAGUGGAGCAAUUGGCGCAUAGGGAUGAAUUGGAAUAUGAGAAAGAAAUGAAGAAUACUUUUAUCUCGUUACUUCUAUCCAUCCAGAAUCGACGACGACAAUUUGCUAAUGAACGAAAACGAAAAGCGCUCAAAAUCGAUUCAUCACAAUUGCCGCAGUAUAUGACUGCAUCGAUACCCUACGAUGAAACACAUCAAAAUAUGGACAACAACACCUUGCAAGCACUCAUCAAAUGUAAGUAA